UAAUUUUACUGUGUUGGAUUUGGAAGCGCAGGCGACCUCAUGGACAGCAGCGACGAUGACGAUGAUGAGUAGGAUGACCAGGACAUGUGCGACCCCACCCCUGAGCCCAACGAGCUCGACAAGGACAUACUCGAGUCCGACCUCGAGCUCGACAAGGAGGGUGUCGUCCAACCCGACCAUGAUGACACACCACACAAGAUGGGACACUCUUCCUUGAGGUGACCGAGGAGAGCCGUGACGCCUCCCAGGAAGCAAAGGGCCACGCAAUGGAAGCAAUGUCAGAAGGGAAACUGGAAGAGGCCGUUGAGCAUCUCACCAAGGCUAUACUGCUGAAUCCAACCUCGACAAUCAUGUAUGGUACCAGAGCAUCUGUGUUUGUGAAAAUGAAGAAGCUUGUUGCUGCCAUCCGUGAUGUGAACGCUGCUCUAGAAGUGAUGAUUAUUUUCCCCUUCUGUCCCUUGACAUUCUAUCUUGAUUCUGAGAUGCUAAUGAGGGGUGGCGGUUCUUUAUUCUAGAUUUUGUAUGUUCUAUUUUGAUUUUGCAUCGAAGGGGAGCCUUGGCGCAGUGGUAAAGCUGCUGCCUUGUGACCAUGAGGUCAUGGGUUCAAGUCCUGGAAACAGCCUCUUACAGAAAUGUAGGGAAAGGCUGCGUACUAUAGACCCAAAGUGGUCGGACCCUUCCCUGGACCCUGCGCAAGCGGGAGCUAUAUGCACCAGGUUGCCCUAUUUUGAUUUUGCAUCCCUAUCAAUGACUCAAACAUGUUGCUUUACCUACAUAUCCGAGGAUAUUAAACCACUACCAUCUUAUUGAAUUAUUUUCUGUGCUCAGUUGUAUCUACAACCAUUCUGGUAUUGUUAGUUAUGGGUUAUUUGAUUCUAUUCAUAUAGCUAAUCUGCUGAUGUUGUGCAUAAAAUUCCAGGAUCUUUGUGUGUACGUUCUGGCUGUAGUGUGCUCUCAUGUUGUACAUGCCCUUAUGUUUAGUAAGAUUAAAUUUCUACUCUUAAUGAUGAAUGAUUGAGUUUUAAAAUUUGAAUCAACACAUACUUUCUGGUCCUUUAGUGUUUAAAACUGGUAAUUAUGAUGCAUUGGUCCAUAUGGCCUUGUUUUUUAUGCAUAUGAAGUAGUUGUUAGGCCUUGAUCUCAACCUCUCAAGUUUAUGUUCCCUGGUGUGUAGGUAACUUGUCAUUUUUAUUGGCAAGCCUGUAAUGAAUUUAUUAGAAUCUUGCUCCUAUUGCUGUGUACAGUAUGUAGCAAACAGGUCUAUAUUAGGAAUUAUAAUGUAGAAGUAUAGAAAUGAUAAAUUCAAGCUUCUGCUAUAUAAAUUUGGCUUUUGGCAGGUAAUCCUUUUCCGACCGGCACUAUGGAGAAGACCCUGAAGCCUGGUGUGUUCCUCAAAUCGGGCCACUUGAAGCUUUCAAAGGGCACCAUGGUGCGUUGCAAUGUCAUGGACCACUCGAGGAGGAGAAAGUAUCUAGUCUAGUUACUACACUUGUAGAGCUUGUGGCUGUGAUUACCAUUGUAUCCAAGUUAUAUGAUGUAACAGACUUAUUUUGGCUAUUAUUUGAAGUAUUAUGUGUGAUUUCUAUCUGUUC